UGGGCCUUGAACUGUGUCCUAAGUGGCCUGUGCUGAGCACGGCCUUCUCUCAGCCUCUUCCGUGGUGGAAGCAGCACGAUGGUGCUCCCUCUGCUGCUCCUGGUCCUCCCUGGGGCAGCCUGCAUGUUCUCCCUGGGGGUUGGGCUGUGGGUCGUCUGCAGCCAGCUCCUCACUGCUGACAUCCCUGCGGCGGUCGGCCACCGCGUGAAGCUGUGGGUCCUGCACUGCCUCCUCGAGCUGUUGAUGACAUGGGGGAGGAUUUUUGAGAAGCUGAGAAUCUGUUCUAUGCCGGAAUUUGUCCGUUUCGUGCAUGAUCUGCAGCCGCUAAAGAAGGACCCGGAUGUCAGGGUCACCGACCUCCGCUACGGGACCAUCCCUGUGAGGCUGUACCAGCCCAAGGCAUCCUCCUGCACCCUCAGGCGCGGCAUCGUGUUCUACCACGGCGGCGGCGGCAUCCUGGGGAGCUUGAACACUCACCAUAGCAUAUGCUGUCAUUUGUCCAAGGAGAGUGACGCCGUGCUUCUGGCAGUUGGAUACCGCAAGUUGCCCCAGCAUAAGUCUCCAGUGCCGAUAAGAGACUGCCUUGCAGCCACCAUCCGCUUCCUGAAGUCUCUGAAGACGUACGGAGUGGACCCAGCCCGGGUGGUGGUCUGUGGCGAGAGUGCAGGAGGGGCAGCAGCAGCAUUCAUUUGUCAGAAUCUUGUGGACAGUCCCGAUCUCCCCAAGAUCCGUGCGCAGAUCCUGAUCUACCCCACCCUCCAGUGCCUGGAUUUCCAAUCCCCCUCCUACCAGCAGAACAAGAAUAUCCCACUGCUCAGUCUGAGUUUCCUCUUCUACUGUUUGUGUAGUUACCUGGACAUCAGCCCCUCCUGGAAAAGCACUGUCUUGAAAGGGGCCCACUUGCCUGCCGAGGUCUGGGAAAAGUACAGAAAGUGGAUAGGGGUAGAGAACAUACCUGAGAGGUUUAAGAAGAGAGGCUAUCGGUGGAUGCCCCGUGAGCCCCUGAAUGAAGAUGCCUAUCAGGAGGCAAAGUUCAUGCUGGAUUUAGCAAACUCGCCGCUGCUUGCAGAAGAUGAAGUGGUGUUUCGACUCCCCGAAGCUUGCAUCGUGAGUUGUGAGUAUGACCUUCUCCGGGACCAUUCGCUGUUGUACAAGAAGAGGCUGGAAGACCUGAGAGUCCCAGUGACUUGGCACCACAUGGAGGACGGUUUUCACGGAGUGUUUGCCACCUUUGAUAUGGGCUUCUUGUCUUUUCCCUGCUCCUCGAGGAUUAUGAACGCUGUGGUCCAUUUUCUAAAGGGGUUGUGACCAUCUUUCCUUCUGGCUGCAGUUACAGGAGUGUGGGUUCUGCCAUCAUCUGGUUCCCCACGGGGCUUUAUGUUGCUGACGUAGUGAGCUGAGUGGGGGUCGGGAGGGUGUCGAGUUUGCUAUCUCCUUCUUGCUCUAGAUUCUAGAAUCGCAGAAUGCAUGUUUCUGAUGUCUAAUGGGAGACAGAUUUGGGGGGAAGGGAGUGGCUCUCUGUCCGUGUCCACCGUUAGGAAAAUCUGAGCUGACAAUCUGCAGUGGCCAUUUGCAACAGUGAAUGAGCAUGUAAGGGCUGCCCACGGCCUCCUGAGGGACAGUUCAGACUGCCCUUGCGAGUCCAGGCUCUGGUAUACGGGAGUACCCACUUGACUGGCCUUGGAAGAGCCCAGGGCCGGCGUGUGCAAUCUCAUGGGCCUUUUCCAGUCUGGCUAGAGGGAAGGACUCUGAGGUUCUAGACUGCGGGGUGGAGGUGAAGAAACUGGCUUCCCCCCUCUGGGUACAAGGUGACACUUUCCCUGCUGUUCCUCAGCCUCUGAGCUCAGUCUUGAUAGCCAGGCUGGAAGAGUUAGGACAGAAUCAAUAGCUUUUUCAUGGUGGUUGGCAUGCUGAGCAGACCAGAGCUGCCUGACUCGGGGAGCUGUGGAGCUCUUCGGGUCAAAUUUAGGCUUCCAACCGAGGGCCUGGAAGCAAAUUUAGAAGCGUCAGAAGAGGAGAGUUGGGAGGAAAGCUGAGUUCCAAGUCAGAGACCCAUGAAGACUGAGUCUGACAAACUCAACUGUGUCCACAGUGGGAAAUGAAGGGAGGGCCAAAGUUACUGAAGAUGUGUUAGUGAGAGCUAUUUAUGUUUUAAGACACAGAAUCAACUCAAAUUGACCUAAAUCAAAAAGAGAAUGUAUUGGCCGCUGUAGCUACAAAUUCCCAGCAUAAAGCAGACAGAGUUUGAUCCAGGACCUCAGCGUGACCAGCUGCCUUGCCAUCUUUCCUCGCUCUGUGCUCCUCUGUGUGCACCUCACUUUCACCUCUGCGGAUGAUGGCCCGAGCAGCUCCAUGCUUACGUUCUCUCAGAGUCAAGCCCAUUAUUAUGGACUUGCCCCCUUCUCAGCAUUUCCAGCAGAAAUUGCAUUGUAACUUGAUGGUACUAUGGACUUUCUGAGUCUUGUGUCCAGCUGCCAUAACCAAAGGAAUAGAAUGUCCUGACUGACCAGGCCAAGUCCCAUGCCACCCUUGGAGUGGAGGGUGCUUGCCCAGAAUGUGGGGGAGGGAGUACUUCCCUCAUGUCAGUGCUUACACUGCUGCAGGAGACACCAAUGCUUACUCCACUGCGUGGCCAUCGCACGUCCUCUAGCAUAGAAGCCAAGUUGAAUCCUGAGUCACGGUACUUGGAAGUGGCAAGAGAUGUCAAGGACUGCUGGGCAAGUUGACCACCUGCCCCUUAGGAAUAAAAAUUCCUUUGAAAGGAAUGGCCCAGCCUUCCAUGCUGGUCCCACCUGGUCUUCAGGAGGGCUGCUCCUGGACGGCCAGCAGCUUUUAUAGGCCAAGACGCAAGUCCACUGCACAAAGGGCCCACGUGCCCUUAACUGGCUUUCAGUUGAAUGCUCGCGCAGAAACGUAGGACAGAGAGGAAUCCUGGAGGGUGGCUUCUCGAUCCGUUCACAGUAGACCGCCAGGUGGCUCUGUUGGAGAAAUAGAAACAGCUCAGUGAAAGCACAGAGUUUGGUGGCCACUCAGCCCUUGGGGAGGAUUGGAGGCUGAGGACCACGGUCCCUUCUGAGAUAGGCCUCUGAGUUGAGUCUGGGGAGGCUCCCUUCCUGGAGCGUGGCUUUGGUGUUUCAUCCCUGCCUCUGGAGAUGGGUGGAGGGACGUGAGCUGACCUUCUGGAAAGCUGAGUGAUCAGCUCUUCUACUGUAGGGUGGCAAGGUGGGUAAGUCACUGGAGGACCAUGCCCAGUGGAGAUGAGCGGGUGACACGUUAGGGGCAGGAAGCACCUCUGGAUGGGUUCAUUUCUAAGGCUGCUUCCUUCUGCAGAUUGUGGGAGAGAUGAAGCACUUUCACCUUCACUGGCUGGUUGGGUUGGUUGAUUUGGGGACCAAGUCCUCCACUCCUCUCCUUUGCCGCCUCAUCACUCUUCUUCCUGCAACUCAUUCUUGGGGCUCAGGGAAUGGAAAAAGCAUAGGAAUGAAUGUUCACUGAGAGCCAACUACAGGCCAGGCACUGUUCUUGGCCGUAUGAAUUUGCCACCUUGUGUGUUCUUCACAUGAAUUCCGCAACGUGGGUAUUCUCAAGCCCAUUUUACAGAUGAGGAAAUUGAGGCCCAGAGAGAUUAAUAACAACACUCAUUUCUUGUCUCUUUCCACUCAGGCUCAGGCCCAGCAGAUUGCAUAGCUCGUCCACGUGGUUGGCCAGGUGCUGUGCACUGCAACCUUGAUCUGUUUCACAACAGCCUGUUUCUGCCAUGCACCUUGGCCCAUUAGCCCAUAAUUGCAGCUGUUUUCUUUCCUGUGUUUCAGGAUUAAAAUGAAAGACACACCUUAGCCACAUGACCUUAUCUGAGUCGCUGACAUCCAGCUAGGUGCCAGCUGCUGUCUGAUCUGAAUCAGGUGGAUGGAAUCAAGGAUUUCUGCCAUCGCGUUUUCUUUGCUUUCUUGACUGUCAUUUGCGUUCUCUAGUUCUGAAUGACUUUAGGAUUGGUCACUGUAGGCCCCUCCUGGGAUGCACAGCUGCUGGGCCCGGCUAACACCACUCAGGGGAGAUGGACACCCACACACGUUUAAGCCCAGACACUCUGGGAAUAUUUACUCAGUAAAUUCCCGGGACUUCCCUGGUAAGAUCUGCCAGUUAGAUCAGGGCAAGUGCCAUCUGAUAAAGGACAACAAGUUGCAUCUCAAACUGCUUUCUUUGGUCAGUAGGCCAUUGAGGACAAGUUUUUAGGGGGAAGUUGCAAAAGUGGCAAAUUUGUCUAGGCUGGUCUUCGCCCUACAUCCUUUUGGUGUUUCUCUCAGCUCCUCCUUCCCCCUCCCUGCCCAGGACCUCCCUGCCUUUCUGACCCCAAGCUUUGUCUCCCUCUCCCCCUGCACUCUCUGCUCCAGAGUGACCACGUGCUCUCUCCUCUUAACCCUGGGCUGGUGUGGGCUCCUAUAGGUCAGGCUCUGCUGCAAUGACAGAGCCCCGCAGUCUCAGUGGCUCAUGACCGCAGAGGUCUAUUUCUCGCUCACGCUCCACAUUACACGGCCCUCGCAGGCCGCUACAGCUCUGCUCCCCGUACGUCUACUCUGGAAUCCAGGCCAAGAAAACAGCCUCUAUUUGCACGACCUCCAGUCUCUUGUGGCAGAGGGAAAAGGACACGGCGAGUCACACACUGGCUCCCCAAGCCUCUGCUCGGAAGUGGUGCUCAUUGCUUCUGCUCACCUGUCUUUGGCGAGAGCGAAUCACAUGGCCAAGCCCGACACUGAUGGGCCAGAGAUGAAGAACCCUCUCCAGAGAGGGGCAGCAGCCCUUUGUGGACAAUAUUACCGCUUAGCACACUCUCAAUCAUAGUAUUUCCAUUUCCAUUCUACCUUUUUAAAAAUUAAUCUUAAAUUAUAUGUGAUCCACAAAUAUAUUCUCCUUUUAAACAAAACCUUAAAAUACUAGAGAUAAGACUAAAAUCCCUUCGGACCACACUCCCUGAACUCUGUUCCCUUUUAGCUGGAUGUUUCCACUUUCCACUGUUUCUUUUUUUGGGGGGGCGGGAUGUGAGGUCUUCCAAACCUUAAAGCCUGUUUCUAUGCUUUUAUAUACGAAUAUGUAUCCAUAGAAAAUAUAGAGUAUUAUUUUCUGGGAUGACUUUGCUGUAUGUUGAUACAUAAAAGAUAUUAUUCUAUA